UGUAUGUAUGUAUGCUUGUGUGGGAGAAAAGAAGAGAGGGGAAAGAGAAGAGAAGAGGACAUAGGAUGCUGCUACACUGUUACCUCUGAGCUCUUAACAUUACAACACAUAACACUUCUCACACGCACUCUUUCUCUUUCUCUCUCUCUCUCUCUCUUUCUCUCUCACCAUCUGCUACUUCAUAUUCAGCACAACUCUAUGAUAUUGCUAUUAUUCCAACUGCACUUCCUUAACUUGUAAGCCAGUUAUCCCAAAAAUGGGAACUUCAACUCUUGGCCUUGUACUUGUACCACUCCUUUUGUGCUUUGCUUCUGUUUUCUCUCUUCCCAUGUCUCUGAGAAGGCAAGCCUCUAUCUUGGUCUCCCUCAAACAAGAUUUUGAGGCAAACACUGAUUCUCUCAGAAGCUGGGACAUGACUAAUAGUGUGUCCCUUUGCACUUGGGAGGGCAUUGAGUGUGACCAAAAGAAUAGGUCAGUGGUGUCAUUGGACAUAACCAACUUCAACCUUUCUGGCACACUUUCACCUUCCAUCACAGGACUCAGGAGCCUUGAGAGUGUUUCACUUGCUGGGAAUGGCUUCUCAGGAGGGUUCCCUAGUGAUAUUCACAAGCUGGCGGGGCUGAGAUUCCUCAACAUAUCUGCCAAUAAGUUCAGUGGAGACAUGAAUUGGGAGUUCUCUAUGUUGAAAGAGCUUGAGGUGCUUGAUGCUUAUGACAACGAGUUCAACUGCUCCCUCCCUCUUGGUGUCAGUCAGCUCCCCAAGCUCAAUACCUUGAAUUUUGGCGGGAAUUUUUUCUAUGGUGAGAUCCCUCCAAGCUAUGGAGACAUGGUUCAGCUCAACUUUCUGUCUCUUGCCGGAAAUGAUUUGAGGGGUGUCAUACCAUCUGAGCUUGGGAAUCUCACUAACCUGACACAGCUUUUCUUGGGAUACUACAAUCAGUUUGAUGGUGGAAUCCCUCCUGAGUUUGGUAAGUUGGUUAAUUUGACUCAUCUUGACCUUGCAAGCUGUGGUUUGACAGGUCCAAUUCCGGCUGAGUUGGGAAAUCUCAGCAAAUUAGACACUCUGUAUUUGCAAACUAACCAGCUCAGUGGCUCAAUCCCUCCCCAACUAGGCAACAUGAGUGGCAUGAAGUGUCUUGAUCUGUCAAACAAUGAGCUAACAGGAGACAUCCCCAAUGAGUUUUCAGGCCUUCACCAACUCACCCUCUUGAACUUGUUCAUCAACAGGUUGCAUGGUGAAAUUCCACCUUUCAUUGCCGAGCUACCUAACUUGGAAGUGCUGAAGCUUUGGCAGAACAACUUCACAGGGGCAAUUCCCCCAAGCCUUGGCCAAAAUGGUAAACUGGUUGAGCUUGACCUGUCAACAAACAAGCUCACUGGAUUGGUGCCUAAAUCUCUUUGCCUUGGGAGGAGGCUGAGGAUUUUGAUCCUGCUCAACAAUUUUCUCUUUGGAUCUUUGCCGGCUGAUAUUGGCCAAUGCUACACACUACAGAGAGUUCGUUUGGGACAGAACUAUUUGACAGGGUCAAUACCAAAUGGUUUUCUGCACUUGCCUGAGUUAGAUCUUUUAGAAUUGCAGAACAAUUACCUCAGUGGUUGGCUUCCACAAGAGACAAACACUGCACCCUCUAAACUUGGACAGUUGAAUCUAUCAAACAAUCGCCUAAGUGGGUCUCUACCAACCUCUAUUGGAAACUUUCCCAACUUGCAAAUUCUACUGCUUCACGGAAAUAGACUCUCAGGAGAAAUCCCUCCAGAUAUAGGGAGAUUAAAAAAUAUCCUCAAGUUGGAUUUAAGUGUCAACAACUUCUCAGGCACCAUUCCUCCAGAGAUAGGUAACUGUUUGUUGCUCACCUAUUUAGAUUUGAGCCAAAACCAACUAUCAGGCCCUAUCCCAGUUCAGCUUUCUCAGAUUCACAUAAUGAACUAUCUCAAUGUCUCAUGGAACCACCUAAACCAAAAUCUUCCCAAGGAACUUGGGGCCAUGAAGGGCUUGACUUCAGCAGAUUUUUCUCACAAUGACUUCUCUGGUUCAAUACCUGAGGAGGGGCAAUUUUCAGUGUUUAACUCUACAUCCUUUAUUGGGAAUCCUCGACUCUGUGGAUAUGAGGCCAAUCCAUGUAAACAUUCUUCAAGUUCUAUAUUGGAGUCCCAAGACAGUAGCAGCGCUAAGCCUGGUGUUCCUGGGAAGUAUAAGCUUGUUUUUGCAGUGGCACUGUUGGCCUGUUCGUUAGCAUUUGCAACCUUGGCCUUUAUCAAGAGCAGGAAGCAAAGGAGGCACUCCAAUUCAUGGAAACUCACAACAUUUCAGAAACUGGAAUAUGGGAGUGAAGACAUCAUAGGAUGCAUAAAGGAAAGCAAUGUCAUAGGAAGAGGUGGAGCUGGUGUUGUGUACCAUGGAACCAUGCCAAAUGGAGAGCAAGUAGCUGUGAAGAAGCUGUUGGGAAUCAACAAAGGAUGUUCUCGUGAUAAUGGUCUCUCUGCAGAAAUAAGGACACUAGGCAGAAUCAGGCACAGGUACAUUGUGAGGUUGCUGGCAUUUUGCUCAAAUAGAGAGACCAAUUUGCUUGUUUAUGAGUACAUGCCAAAUGGAAGCUUGGGAGAGGUCUUGCAUGGGAAAAGAGGAGAGUUUCUCAAGUGGGAUACCAGGCUGAAAAUAGCAACAGAAGCUGCAAAAGGACUUUGCUAUUUGCACCAUGAUUGUUCCCCUCUAAUAAUCCACAGAGAUGUGAAGUCAAACAACAUAUUAUUGAACUCUGAAUUUGAGGCUCAUGUUGCAGAUUUUGGACUUGCCAAGUUCUUGCAAGAUACUGGGACAUCAGAGUGCAUGUCAUCUAUUGCUGGUUCUUAUGGUUACAUAGCUCCAGAAUAUGCGUACACGUUGAAAGUUGAUGAGAAAAGUGAUGUGUACAGCUUUGGAGUGGUGUUGCUAGAACUACUAACUGGUAGAAAGCCAGUAGGGAAUUUUGGAGAAGAAGGAGUAGACAUUGUUCAAUGGACCAAGUUGCAAACAAAUUGGAGCAAAGAGAAAGUGGUGAAGAUUGUUGAUGAAAGGCUAUGUCACAUUCCCUUAGAAGAAGCAAAGCAGGUAUACUUUGUGGCCAUGUUAUGUGUUCAGGAACAAAGCGUGGAGCGACCAACCAUGAGAGAAGUGGUUGAAAUGCUUGCACAAGCAAAGCAACCAAACACAUUCCAAAAGCAGUGAUCUACUACUACCAAAGAAGCAAAGCAAAAGUUAAAGAAGAAAUAAAGAAAAAGCUGAGUCUAUGCAUGUGUCUUGCAUGUGUUAAUGCUGUCGGUUGGUGGUGAUGUCAAUUUUCCUAACUAGUUUGUGAUUUCAGUUUUAAAGGUUCUUUUUUUUUUCUUCUUCUCUUAAUUAACACUUAGUUGUGGGAACAUGGGACUUGCAAAUGUUGUAGGAAUACUGCAGAAUUUAGUAUAGUUGGAGAAUGAUGGUAAAGGGGAAAGAGAAGCAAUGUUGAUAAUGUGACAGGAGUAUGUACAAUACAUGGGGAUUGGAGUUAGGGUUCUUGCAUCUCUUUUGCUACUUACUUCCUUAUAAUAUUCCAUCAAUUAUCUAUCAUCUGCAUAACCAAA